AUGCUCCUCCCCCGUUCUGCUCGAUCAUGGCACCGACGACAGCCCAGUGCUGUCUUACGAUUGCUGGCUCUAUUCCUAUGUCUCCUCUUUCUCCAGACUCGGGUCGCCCAUUCUCCGCUCGAGGAUGAACCCGAACCCGAACCUGAACCUGUUCCUGGCGCGGCUCGAGUGAAGACUCCUCUACUGAACGAACAGGCCGCCUUUUGGAGAGACCUAUAUUUGAUCAUCCAGAACAAUGACCCCCAAUGUGAACAUCCUCCAGAGGCCGUGGUACCUCACAAGAUGGAUAUUGGUUUUGAUCCUUCCCACAAUCACCCACGCCCAGAUGUCCUGUGGGUAGAAGCCGCCGAUAUCAAACGGAUGCGAGAGGCUCACUCCAACUUUGUCAAUGACUUGAGGAGAUCUCCACCUCAAAUCGUCUACGGCCCUGGCUCCAGGGGAAUCGUCAUGACCGCCGGAUAUGAUCAACUUCCCGUGCUGGUCACCUCGAUUCGAAUGCUACGCAGAACAUCUUCUCAUCUGCCAGUUGAGGUGUUUCUUGCUGAUGUCUCAGACUAUGACGAUGAGAUCUGUGACAGCGUCUUACCACCCUUGAAUGCAAAGUGUCUCCUCUUGUCUGAUGUUUUCCACACGGCUCGAUCCGGUGUGUCAAUUAACCAUUUUCAGUACAAAAUCAUGGCCGUACUCUUCUCCUCCUUUGAAGAAGUCCUUCUCCUCGAUUCAGAUGCAUUUCCUCUCCAUGAUCCUUCCCCACUCUUCGAUCAGGACCCCUUCAAUUCUACCGGUAUGGUUAUGUGGCCGGAUUUCUGGUACGCUUCCGAGUCACCUUACUACUUCGAGAUCGCCAAAAUCGAUGCCAUUCCCUCUCUACAAACGCGAGCUUCCAUGGAGUCUGGCGAGAUCCUAUACUCCAAAUCCAAGCAUUCUCUGUCAAUCAUGCUUGCCACAUACUACAACUUUUGGGGCCCUGUCUAUUAUUACCCUUUGCUUUCCCAAGGCGCUCCUGGGCAAGGCGACAAGGAGACCUUCGCUUGGGCCGCAACUGCUCUCAAUGAACCAUUCUAUGCUGUCAACAAACCCGUCAUGGCUGCUGGCCGACUUGAUUCCAAUGGGAAGUGGCUGGGAAGCGCCAUGAUACAGCAUGACCCUACAACCGACGCGGAGGUGUGCAAGCCCGGCCUCACCGACAGCGGACACGAGGUGGUUUUGGGACCCGCCGAUCCUUCCUCAGGAAAUAUCGCCGCCAGUGUGAAGCCUUUUUUCAUCCACGCCAAUUUCCCGAAGUUCGAUCCAUCUUCCAUCUUUACCCAGAGCGACGACAUUGCGGGCCAUGGGGGCCCAACAAGGGACAGUAACGGGACCUCCGUGCGCUGUUGGAUGGACCAAGACCGAGCGAUUGAAGUAUUUGGCUUUGAUGUCGAGUACCGAUUUUGGGAGGAGAUCAAGAGCACCGCCUGUGAACACGAACAGCAAUUUGGGUGUUGGAGAGGCAAACAAGGGAUCUGCAAAAGGGUGACAAAAUAUUGGUACGAUGUUUUCGAACCGAGAGCUCAGAAGAAACAGGAAACUUCACUCUGA